AUGGUGGAGAGCAGAGUCAGAGAGGACUCCUGUUGGUCUCUAGGGGUCCCAGGUGCCUGCAGCGCUCCCCCACGCCUGGUGUCUGCGGAGCUCAAGGAGGAGUUCCUUGGCCUCAGCACCUUUGCCGUCAGAGCCAAGGUGGAGUACCGGUGCCGGCCUGGCUACGUCAGGGCCGCUGAGGCCUCCAACGUCUUCGUCUGCGGCCGGAACGGCGACUGGCACGGCCCGGCCGAGCCCUGCCUGCCAAGGCUCUGCAGCUACCCUGGAGAGCCUGACAAUGGCAGACUCAUCCUGGCAGGAAAGUUCUACUUUGGCUCAGCAGUGAACUUCACCUGCAACACUGGGUACAGACUGGUUGGAAGUCCUCAGAUCCACUGUGUCCUGGCCAAUGGGAUUGUUACCUGGGACGGAGACAUUCCCUUAUGUGAGGCAAUACCUUGCUUGCCCCCUCCUGAAAUAGCUAAUGGAGAGCACAAUGGAGCUGGCAGGGAGAGCUUUGAGUAUGGAGCAUCAGUGACUUACAGGUGCCACACUGCCAGGAGGGGAGAGAAGCCUUUCUCCCUGGUUGGAGAUGCCUCUAUCUUCUGUACCACCACAGAUAAUGCCAACGGUGUCUGGAGCAAGCCACCCCCAGAGUGCAAAGUGGUUACCUGUGAGCACCCCAACAUCCCCAAUGGGAGGCUGCUGAGCGGGUUCCAGGUUUCCUACAGCUACCAGGACACCAUCCUCGUGGACUGCAACUUCCGCUACAGCCUCAGCGGCAGCGACACCUCCACCUGCAAGGAGGAUGGCCUCUGGGACCCCCCCCUGCCCCUCUGCCAGCUCAGCAGCUGUGACAGCCCUCCAGAUGUGGCCAAUGCUGUGAAGGCAAAGCUGGCUGGGAACCUGUUCCCCGUGGACACCAUCGUUACCUAUGAGUGCAGAGAGGGCCACAGGUUCAGCCCAGGAGAAACCACCAGGCACAUCAAGUGUCUGCCAGAUUUCACAUGGUCUGAAGCUCCACAGCCUUGUGAAAACAUCAGGAAUGGGAAGGCUGUGUUUGCCUGGGAGAAGAAAGAGCAUUAUGUGUUUGGAGACAGUUUGCAAGUGACCUGCAACGACGGCUACAGCUUCAAAGAUCAUCCCAGCCAGGUUGUCCUUUGGUGUCUCAGUGAUGGGAGCUGGGAUCCACCAGUGCUGGAGUGCACUCCAGAACCUCGUUGCCCAAAGCCAGACUUUGCUCAUGGAAGACAGCUUGAUGGAAGCCAAAGUGACUACAGAGCUGGGACCCAGCUAAGGCUGGUGUGUGAUGCAGGCUAUGUCCUCAGGGGCCAGGACACCACCACAUGUCAGCAUGAUAUGAGCUGGAGUCCCUCCUUACCAUUCUGUGAGAGAGGUCCCUUCCAACCCCACCAUUCUGUUGCCUUUCCUACCAAUUCCCUUUGUUUCACAGUCUGUGACCCCCCUCCACAAAUCAGCAAUGGGCAGCACUCUGGCUUGGGACAGGAGCACUUCUCCUAUGGAGCAGAGGUGACCUACAGCUGUGCAGAGGGGCUGGCCCUCGUUGGGGAUGCCUCCAUCUACUGCACCUCUGAAGAUGGAGUGAACCUGGCCUGGAGUGGGCCUGCCCCAGAGUGCAAGGUGGUUCGGUGCCCCAGGCCCGCAGUGGAGAGGGGCAGGAUGGUUCCCCAGAGGUUCACCUUUCCCUACAAGGCCACUGUGAGGUUCUCCUGUGAUGAAGGCUUCAUGCUGCAUGGUGCUGCUGAGAGCCAGUGCCUGAGUGACAGCUCCUGGCACCCUCCUCUGCCCACCUGCCAGCCAGUUCGGUGUUUCAAGCCCUCUGGCCAGGGCGUCCCAGUGGUUCGGCCGCAGAAGCUGUGGUAUGAGGUGAACGAAACUCUCUCCUUCCACUGCCAGGCUGAUGGCUACCCAAAAGAAAACUCCAAAGCCACCUGCUCAGCCAAUGGCACCUGGGUACCACCCCUCACCUGUCAAAAGUUCCCAGUGUGUGAGAGGAUUCUUCGCAACGCUGAACCUUUCCAGUGUGGAAUUCCUAUGGCAGACCUCAAAACCCUGCUGGAGGUCCAGAAACUCUACCUGGAGGGAUCAGCUGCCUACCGGUGGGGGUUCUUGUGUCCCAUCCCACACGUCCUACAUGGGCAGCUGAGACCUGCCCAGAGCGGCCCCUACAGCAGCUCAGCCACUCUGGAGUGUGACGAAGGCUACGUCCCCGUGGGAGGCUACACCACCCUGCGCUGCCUGAGCAGUGGCAGAUGGCAACCAAGGGCUCCUGCCUGCACCCCAGGUCGCUGCCACCGCCCUCCUGCUGUCAGCAACGCAGACUACCCUCACCAGAACGACUUUCCAGUGGGGACAGCUGUGACCUACUUCUGCAGGCUUGGGUACUCCUUGCUCCCUGAUGUCUCUCCAACAACUACCUGCCUUACCAACUUCACCUGGUCCCCAGUCCCACAGCUUUGCCAAGAGGUGCAGUGCCCCAGACCGGCUCUCCCCCACGGCAGGCUGCUGACCCCUGAAAGAGCCAACUACACCUACAGGCAGCAGGUGGAAUUUCAGUGUGACCGUGGACAUCUGCUGAGGGGCAGCCGGAGGAGCCAGUGCUGGUAUGAUGGCUCCUGGAGACCUUCUGUGCCCUACUGCGACCAGGUCUGUGGUCCCCCUCCACAGAUCAGCAAGGGGCAGCACUCCAGCGCCGAAGAAGUGAAGUUCCCCUACGGCUCAGAAGUCAAGUACAGCUGUGCAGAGGGGCUGGCCCUCGUUGGCAGCGAGUCCAUCUACUGCACCUCUGAAGAUGGAGUGAACCUGGCCUGGAGUGGGCCUGCCCCAGAGUGCAAGGAGGCUGCUGCUGUGUGUGAAGAGCUUCAUGCCAUAGAAUCGCUCUUUGACUGUGGUCUGCCUGCAGCUGAAGUGAAAACUCUGCUGGAGGUGCAAAAACUCUACCUGGAGGUUAAAAAGCUAAAGGAGGAGCUCGAAAACCUGCCCAAGUGAGUCCUGCCACACACUGGAGCCACCACCUGGCCUCUGCAUGCAGUUUGUGUAGUCACUCUGUGCACACAGAGGCUCCUGGUGGUUUGUGUUGGCAUGCCUGCAGCCAGAGAAAUAACCACCAGAGCCUGGCAGAUGGCUUCUGCCUUGCUGGAUGCCUGAGCACAGGGAGGUUCUUGCUCUUCUCCUCGCUCCUGACAAGCACAGGGAGAUUGUUGCUCCUCUCUUUGCUCCUGACAAGCUUCCCUCGCUGAUUAACAAACCUCUGCUGUCCCCUUUGGUGUCAGGAA